UUAAUUUAAAUAAAUGUCUAUAUUUUUGGACAUUUCACGGUAUUAUCGGGUGGAAGAAAUAAUUUAGCUAAACGGACCCUUUGUCCCCGAUGAUUCCUCAUUUUUAUCCACCACCACAUUUCAAAAACACUUAGUCAAUAAAAUCAUAACAAUUCAUCGAGCAUGUCAGACUUGCUCUAGCAAUUUCUUCAAUGACUGCUUGUCCAAAUACUUAAAAAUUUCACGUCUUUCUUCUACUCAUUACCUCAAUAAGCAAACAGUUCACCAAUGCCAACUACUCUCACUUCCCGCCAUGUCGCUGUGAUCGGCGCCGGAGCCUCCGGCCUUGUUACUGCACGCGAGCUCCGGCGAGAGGGUCACGAAGUCGUAGUCUUUGAACGACAAUCCCAAAUCGGCGGUACUUGGGUCUACGAUCCCCGAGUCGAGCCUGACCCUUUGGGCCUUGACCCAAACUGAACCAUAAUUCACUCGAGCCUUUACAAGUCUCUACGCACCAAUCUUCCUAGAGAAUUAAUGGGUUUCAAGGACUACCCGUUUAUACCCAAAAAUGAUGGAAUGAGAGACCCGAGAAGGUAUCCCUGUCAUGGAGAGGUGUUACUGUACUUGCAAGAUUUUGCAAAGGAGUUUGAGAUUGAGGAGAUGGUGAGGUUUGGCACUGAAGUGGUUUAUGUUGGGUUAGUUGAGGACAGUAAUAAGUGGAAAGUGAGGUUUAAAGAGAAAAGGCUUGAUUCUGAUUUUGAUUUUAGUGAUGAGGCUUAUGACGCCGUUAUUGUUUGCAACGGUCAUUUCACUGAACCUCGUAUUGCUGAUAUACCGGGCAUAAGUUCUUGGCCAGAGGAGCAAAUGCAUUGCCACAAUUACCGGGUUCCUGAGCCUUUCAAAGAUCGAGUAGUGAUUUUGAUUGGGUGUGCUACAAGUGCUACGGAUUUAUCCAGGGAAAUUGCUGGGGUUGCUAAAGAGGUUCAUGUUGCCUCAAGAUCAGUUGCAGAUGAAACAUAUGAAGACCAGCCUGGAUAUGAUAAUAUAUGGCUCCACUCUAUGAUAGAAUCUGUUCAUGAAGAUGGUUCGGCGGUAUUCCGCAGUGGGAGAGUUGUCCGUGCUGAUAUCAUUCUACAUUGCACCGGGUACAAGUAUCACUUCCCUUUUCUUGAAACCAAGGGCAUUGUGACUGUGGAUGAUAAUCGUGUUGGGCCGUUACACAAACAUGUUUUCCCACCGGUUUUGGCCCCAGGGCUUUCUUUUGUGGGGAUACCAUCUAAGGUUAUUACUUUCCAAAUGUUUGGAUACCAGAGCAAAUGGAUUGCUGGUGUGUUAUCAGGUAGGAUUGAACUACCAUCAGUAGAGGAGAUGAUGGAUGAUAUUGAAGCUUUCUACCUGUCACUUGAAGCUUCAAAUACUCCGAAAAGACACACUCAUGACAUGCCUUAUUCUCAGUUUGAGUACUACAACUGGCUUGCGUCUGAGUGCGGAAGCCAGGAGUUGGAAGAAUGGAUAAAGCAAUUGUUCCUUGAGAAUUUCAGGAACCCACUUCUCCGACCAGAUACAUAUCGUGAUGAGUGGGAAGAUGAUCACUUGAUCCUAGAAGCCAUGCAAGACUUCACCAAAUACACUUCAAAUAAUCUAAUUGAUAAAGUUUAAACCACAAUAAAUGAAUUCAAGCUAUACCUUGCUUCAUACUUCAUGUAAUAUUAUUGUAUGGCACUGGAUUGCCUUAGCUGCCAGGUUAGCUGAACCUGUAAAAGGAGUUGGUUGGAAUAAAGAAAUGUACUACUUCAAGCUUUUCUUUUU